AUGUCAAAUCUUGCAAAUCUUGAAUUUGUUGGACUUGAUAUAUCUGAGAAAAAUUAUCUAUCAUGGGCAUUGGAUGUUGAAAUGCAUCUAAAUGCAAAGGGUCUUGGUGAAACUAUUAAAGAGAAUAAUGAUGCCUCGAUACAAGAUCGGGCAAAGGCGAUGAUUUUCAUAUGCCAUCACCUUGACCAAGGGUUGAAAGAUGAAUAUCUCACAGUGAAAGAGCCCCUUGAGCUCUGGAAAAUGUUGAAAGAGAGAUAUGAUCAUCAGAGAACAGUAAUUCUCCCAAAGGCCCGAUAUGAUUGGAUUCACUUGCGAUUGCAAGAUUUCAAAACUGUGAGCGAAUAUAAUUCUGCUAUGUUCAAAAUCAGCUCUCAGUUGUUAUUAUGUGGAGAAAAAAUUACUGAUGAGGAUAUGCUUGAGAAAACCUUCUCUACUUUUCAUGCAUCCAAUAUUGUGCUUCAACAGCAAUAUAGAGAAAAGGGUUUUUCCAAAUAUUCUCAAUUAAUUUCAUGUCUCCUUGUGGCUGAAUAA